AUGUUGUCGCCGCCGAUUGCUAGGAUAUUGACAGGUAGCCUGUUUGGUUGCUUGUCCUGUAUCAAGUCCGCGGAUCUCCCUGGGCGCAAGAGAGCCAUAUUAGUCGCCUCCCUUUUCGCUAUCGUCGGAGGCGCGCUUCAAGCAGGAAGCGUCGAUGUCGGCAUGUACCUCUUCUCUCGCUUCGUGACAGGGCUUGGAGCGGGAUCGCUGGUCGUUCUCGUUCCCCUGUACCAAUCCGAGAUUGCCCCGCCUCGUAUCCGUGGUCUUCUCGUGGGCAUGCAUGGUGUUAUGAUCUGCGUUGGGUAUGCCCUUGCCAGCUGGAUCGGCCUCGGCUUCUAUUUUGUCAAUGCAUCCGGCGCCCAAUGGCGACUUCCUCUAGCCAUCCAGUGUCUAGCUCCGCUGUUGCUAGCCAUGGGAGUCUCCUUUCUCCCCGAGUCUCCUCGCUGGUUGCUCGACCAAGACCGCUACGUGGAUGCACUGAGUUCUUUCGAAGCUGUCCGCGCCGAGUCGGACGACUCGAUCAUUCACAACCGUGAGGCCAUUUGGCCGAAUUUGAACUUCUCCGGGCACAUGUCCAGCAGGAAACGUCUAUGGGACACCGUUUUCGGGAUCUUUUCCAAUCUCCGUCUAUGCGCAGACGCUGCCUUGUUGGACUACGGGUCUAGUCUCUACGAGGCGCUCGAUUUCUCCGUUGUAUCGCAACUUCUCAUUCAAUGUGGCUGGGUUACGGUCUGCCCUGUGGGAAAUCUGAUCAAUUCCUUGCUAGUUGACCGAGUUGGACGCACUCGGCUGCUUUCAAUCGGCUUUUCGGGCAUCAUUGUCGCUCUGAUUGGAGAAUGCAUCGCCGUCAGCCGCUUCCAGAGUACAGGUUCAAGGGCAAUGGCCAGCCUUGCCGUCUUCUUUCUCUUUAUGCACAUUGCCUGUUUCUCCACCACUUCAGACGCGACCUCUUACAUCUAUGCAUCCGAAAUCUUUCCGACAGCCCUCCGUGCCAAGGGCUUGGCAGUCUCUACUCGCCAGCAGUCGCUCGAAGACAUCGGUGGUCUAUUCGGAGAUAAGGCUGAUCUGGACGAGAAUGAGAAGGCUACCGAAGUCAGGACUGAGUACAUGGUCCCGAGGAUACCGCGGUAA